AUGCAGCAAGCGCUUGUCGCAUGCCAUGCAUCGCUGUACGCUCCAUCUGCGAGACCAUUUGCACCUUCAGUACGCCGGGUCGGCCGAUGCAAGCCCCUGCGACCGGCGGCAGGGCUGCUGGAAACGGUGCUGAAGCCAAUAACCAGUGGCGGAAAGGCGCUGCCCCUCAAGGACGGCAUCGCCAAGCUCUAUGACGAGUCCUCCGGCCUGUGGGAGUCCAUGUGGGGCGAGCACCUCCACCACGGCUACUAUGGCGCCGAGGAGGGCACCAAGUCCAACGCCCAGGCUCAGAUCGACAUGGUGGACAACGUCCUGGACUGGGCAGGCGUGCAGAGUGUCAAGAAGGUGGUGGAUGUUGGGUGCGGCCUGGGCGGCAGCUCCCGCCACAUCCUGGACCGGUACCCUGGGUCUGAGGCGCGAGGCAUCACGCUCAGUCCCGUCCAGGCUGACCGGGCCAACGUGAUGACGCGCGAGGCGGGCCUGGGGGACCGCGCCGCAUUCCAGGUGGCGGACGCCCUGAGCCAGCCCUUCCCGGAUGGCUCCUUUGACCUGGUGUGGUCGCUGGAGAGCGGGGAGCACAUGCCCGAGAAGGAGACCUUCGUGAGGGAGCUGGCGCGCGUGGCGCUGCCGGGGGGGCGCAUCAUCAUCGUGACCUGGUGCCACAGGAACCUGGCACCUGGAGAAACUGCUUUGACCCCGGAGGAACAGACGCUGUUGGACAGGCUGUGCGAGGCCUACUACCUCCCAGCCUGGUGCUCUCUGGCCGACUACGAGCGCCUCUUUGCUGCACACGGAAUCAGGGAUGUGAAGACGGCGGACUGGUCCGUGGAGGUGCAGCCCUUCUGGGGCCAGGUGAUCAAGAGCGCGCUGACCACGCAAGGCGUCGCCGGCCUGUUGAAAGCGGGGUGGACCACGAUCAAGGGGGCACUGGUCAUGCCGCUCAUGGCCAGGGGCCUGUCUAUGGGCCUCAUCAAAUUCGUGCUGAUCACUGGCGUCAAGGCAGAGACCUGA